GAAAGAGAAGUGAGCUAGGUUUUAUCACUCCAAACUUCCUUUGUUAUGGAGAGUCACGAGGCCAACUGGAUGGAUCAGCGGCUGGCUCCAUUGGCUGCACAGGAAAGUUGAUUACCUGAUACGCCGGAUCGUCAUCUUCCAGAGCUGGUGCUUUCAUGAAGACUCUCAAAAUAUACUCGAAGCAGAUUGCAGCCAUGGCUCGAAAUUCAUUUCCCAAUACCCCUUGACUCCUGAAGCUCAGAAGCAAGUUCCCUUGGUUUCUCCAGAGGUGGAUAACACAACACCAGGGGAGCCUCCUGGAAAACAUGUGGUACGUAUUUCAUGGCAGUUCUGUGCUAACCCUUCAAUCGGCAGCGUGAGAAUGUAGGAAACUUUGUGUUUGAAUUCGCAGUGAUUAAUUUAUUUCCGAAGGUAAUGAAAAUAACUAGGAUUUGAAAUGUCAGGACUUGAUGCUUCUGUAUGGCAUGAAGAGUUGCACAGCCUACACCAAAGUCUCUUCUUCAGUGCUGCAUGUGGUGGAGAGUGAAAGAGACCAAUCAGUAUUCUUGGUACCAAAUCCAAGACAAGAUGAAUAGGAGUUGUUAUCCCACAUAUUGCAUUGCUCUGUUUCUGAAGUAGGAGCAACCACUCAACAGAAAGAAACAAACUGUGGCAAGAAAGCAAAACCAACAACUCCCCUUUCCAGCCCUCUCUGAAUACACUCACCAUUUCAACUUCCUCCUAUAAAUUCUUCCACUCCUUCCCCCCCUCCAUUCCCAUCAACACAAGUACAAAUCAAAGCCCUUUCUCCUACAGCCUCCAAAUCAAUCCCAGCCAGCCAUGUCGACGAAAGAAGCAGCCACCACCAUCGAUGUACCUGAAUCAAGCUCAGUUCCAAGAGGGAAAGCCUCGAUCAUUGCAGCAGCCAAGCAUGGUGGGAAAGCAGGUGGCUACCACAGAGGCGUCGCCAUCUUUGACUUCCUCCUGAGGCUCGCAGCUCUCAUAUCCGCCCUCGCAGCAGCUGCCACCAUGGGAACCAGUGAUGAAACCCUGCCUUUCUUCACUCAGUUCUUCCAGUUCCAAGCCAGCUACGACGACCUCCCUACGUUUCAGUUUUUCGUAAUAGCAAUGGGGAUCGUUGGUGGGUACCUGGUGCUUUCCCUGCCAUUCUCAAUUGUCUGCAUCGUUCGCCCGCAAGCUGCGGCUCCACGCUUCCUCCUCCUCGUUCUCGACAUCGUGGCGCUGACUCUGAACACGGCGGCAUCGGCAGCGGCGGCGGCCAUUGUGUACUUGGCGCACAACGGCAACAACAACACCAACUGGCUGGCAAUAUGUCAGCAGUUCGGCGACUUCUGCCAGAAGGUGAGCGGGGCGGUGGUGGCCGGGUUUGUGGCCGUGCUUAUGUUCGUGGUGCUGGUUAUUCUCUCCGCUGUUGCUCUCCGGAGGCACUGAAAGAAAAGAGUUUCCGGGGGGCGAGAGUUACAAGACAACGACCCAUCUCUGCUUCUGAUUUCACCUCCCCGAAAGACUAGGCUUUGUGUUUUCUUUUUCUAAUGUUGUUUGCUUGGUUACUGAAUACUUACUUGUAUGAUGAAAGAAUUACGGUUGUGUAAGAUUGAGUGACGAAUCUGUGUAUGUUUUUUAUUUUUAUAUGGCUAAAUUACAAGUUUGGUCACUCGAAUUGCU